AGGCCGUCUGCCCGCUCCCGGAGGGUCCUGCUAAGCGGCUGGGCUUGGCCCCGCCAGCAGCCUACUCGAAACAGCCCAACACGGUCGACGGAGGGCAGUAGCGGCCACGCCACAUCUGAUCCGCGGCUGUGGCGGUGGGCUGGCUCCUCCCCAGCCGCUUCCGUAGCGAGCAGGCGCGACAUGUGGAGGCCGGGGCUAGCUGGCGCUAUACGCGCCGCACGGUGGGCGGCCGCGGCGCGGCGGCGGAAUGGAGGCUCUGGGGAUGCCCUGCUGGCGGAGACAGCCGUCGCCAGCCUUGGCCGGAGGCAAUUACAGUAUGCUUCUGAAAUGCAAAGCAGGACUGUUCGGUUCAUGAAUUUAAGACAUGUGGGAACUCUGAAUGACACAAGCUCUUUAGAUGAGACCACUUAUGAAAAACUGGCUGAAGAAACACUGGACUCCUUAGCAGAUUUCUUUGAGGAUCUGACAGAUAAGCCUUUUACCCCAGAAGAUUAUGAUGUCUCUUUAGGGAGUGGAGUUCUAACAGUUAAAUUAGGUGGAGAUUUGGGAACAUAUGUCAUCAAUAAGCAAACACCAAACCGGCAGAUUUGGCUGUCCUCACCCACUAGUGGGCCCAAGCGCUAUGACUGGACUGGACGGAACUGGGUGUAUUCUCAUGACAGAGUAUCCCUUCAUGAACUGCUAUCAAAAGAAUUUUCCACCGCAUUAAAAACUAAAUUGGAUUUAUCCUGCUUAAUAUAUUCUGGGAAAGAAGAUACUUGAUAUUCUACCUCAUGGGAGUUUAAAGACUUUAACCAGAAGCCAGACCCUUCCAUGGUUGCUGAAGUAUCUGAGCUUAGUUCUGUUGUUGUUCCAUUUGACAUCAAAAUGUUGUGCAACAAUAAUUAAAAUAAUAUAUUUUUUUCUGCA